GAUUUAUGUUGGUUGAAUAAAUAAUAAACAAAUCUGCUGUCAGUUGUGGAUGUACAAAUAUACGCACUGAAUUUAUUUUGAAGAGAAGAAAUUAAGUGUUGUUAAAUAUGAAUAGUGAAACAGGUGAUGAUCUUCAGUGCUUAAGUUCACUGAAGAAAUGCAAGCAAUUAAAAAAAUAUUCAUGGAGUAAUAAAUCAACAAAUAAUCAUUCAACGUUGCUUCCAAAUGUGCUAGAUGAUUUACUAAAAGCUGAAAUAAUUAGUAGGAAAGAACUUCUUAUUUUGAAGGAGGAAAACUUAAUAACAUACAACCCCAGAGUUGUCAUGGAUUUACGACAUGAGGAGGUAAAACGAAACAGAUUGUUGAAUAACAACCGGUUUUCAAAGCACGACAUAACUGAGGAAGCUAAAAGGUUCAUUCGGGGCGAAGACAGAAAAGCAAUGCUGCUCAAGAGAGAACAAGCGCUGAUCGACAGAGAAAUCGGCACGUUAAAGCAACAGCUCGACAAGAUUAAAAUAAUGAUAAAACAAGAGUCACAUAGCCAGACGUUACUGCGGACCAAGAAAGUGCUAACCAAACACUGCGAUUCACAUCACGAUGAUGAUUCCAAGGACGGGAAAGCUUUCUAUGCCCUUGAUGCCUGUAGUGUCGAGCCUCAAUGUUCGGAAACCAGCGAUGUGGUAAUUUUGCAAACAGAGAGUAAAGUUGACUCCGUGGAAGUUCACAAAAUCGAUGAAAAUGUACCUUUUGAAAUAAUGCUUGUGCCCCACGAGAUCACGCCCAAUGCGAGCCCCGUGGACAAAGAUCCAGAUCAUUCAGAAACAAGUGCAGUCACGGCAGAAUGUGCUGCAGCAUUCGUGAGCCGAAUCUCGUUGCGCUACGCGUGGAAGAAAUGGGUAAACUAUGUCUCCGAGCGGAGAAUGUCUAUUCACGCUGAAAGCAGCACUUUGGAGACGGAUCUCAAGGACUUGCUCGCCAAGUACUGGCAUAGAUGGCGGGCGUGCACGGAGCAGAGUCGCCACAGCAACGUCAAGCGCCCUGAUAAAAUCAUAAAUCCCGAGAAAAUCGAAAACUUUAUUAAAUCGCUGCAUGAGAAAAAACUGCAAGUUCAGAACUGCACCAGAGAAGAGUCUUACAACAGACACAGAAUGCAAGCACUCCCAUCGCAGGUAAAAAGGAAAAAGUGGGGGAGAGAGGCGUGUUCAAAGCCGAGGGACACGAACGUGUACGAGCACAGGCUGAGAGCGCAGAAGGACAUAAUAGCGGUGCAGAAGGCGGAGAUCCAGACCCAGAACCAGCUGAUCGAGGAACUGAGACUGGCCAAGUUGAAGCUGGAGGUGGAGAGAUCGCGGGCGGAAGCCAGCAGCGGCCUGCUGGAGGCUCGGUCAAGCUGUGACGUGGCGCUCAGGGCCAGGGCGAGGGCUCUCACCUGCAGCCUGUCCGUCCCGGCCGCCCCCGUCCACCCCUCCGCGAUCGCCCUGAGGAUGGAGGAGAGGAGGAAAGAGCGCGAAAGAAGGUGGCAACAGAUAAAAGAGAACAAACGGCAACUGGAGGAGGAGAAACGGAAGAAGCUCUCGGAAGAGGAAGCCGAGAGGAAACGGACGGAGGAAGAGGAGAAAAUGCGUAGGAUCGUGGAAUUCAGGGAGAGGCGCCGCAUCGAGAAAGAAAAUGAGUUGAAGAAACAGCGGGAGAGAGAGAACCUGCAAGAGUUGCUCAGCAGGGCGACCAAUUACUACAACAGACAUCUCCUCCGCAGGUAUGGUCUGGGAGGAUGGUUGGCGCUGAUGAAAAUGAGGAAACACCAAUUGGACCGCGCUAUCGCCCACCAUGAGACUAAGCUGUUGCGAAAACAUGUUACAACGUGGAGGCGAUUCGCGCUUCAGUCAGCUGCUUCGAAAAUAGAAAUGGCUAAUGCCCAUUAUGAACAUAGACUAUUGCAGCUGUGCUUCCGUUUCUUAUUGAUGGCGUACGACGACCGGGUCAGACGCAACCAGGUGGCCUCGGACUUCCGCGAGCUGAAGUUGCUGGAACGGGCUUUCAGCCGUUGGCACCAGUGGACCUGCCGGCGGCACGUCGAGAUGGCCUUCAGAGACGCACGUGCUGUCGAGCAUGCCGAAAGGCGGCUGCUGGCGAGGUGCGUGCGCAGAUGGAGGCUGUUCCCCGCCGAGAUGCGGGAGCUGAGGGAGAGAGAGGCGAGGAAGAGCGUGUGGCGACGGAAGGUGCAGGAAGUGCUGCCGGACUACCGGCCGCCCUCGCCCACGUAGACGCUGCAUGCGCCGUCACCCACAGCUUGGGUUCCCAAGUACAUGCAAUCUGUAUAUAUGUUCACUGUUUAUAGUAAGUUUGUAGAUAUUUUCACACAAUCAAAUGACGUUUAAUAAAUGACUUUUCUACAUUAAAUUACUAUCUCACGUUUAGCUCAUCGGUGGAAUUUAGGAUGGUAGUGUGUUCACAGUGCCCCGUUAUUUAACGCAGACCCACAAAAAAAAAGUGUAGAAGCACUUUUGAAUUAUCAUCUCUAGUCAUAUUACUAAUUGUAUUUAUUUGUAUGUUUGCACAGAACCUGCGAAGAGCAUUUCAUUUGUUUGUGGUUGAUUUUUAUUUACAUUUAUUUUGUUAAUAUAUUGUAAUAAAUGAUUUAUGAAACCCUCGUGAUUCUGUGUUAAUAAACUCUGUGUGCAAUCCCAUCCACUGGUAAUUAUAAUUAGCCCAACAAGUGCUAGGUGUCUUAAUACAAGUCAGAAUAUAAAUGCUAAAAGUAGAAACAAUAUGUAGAUG